CAUAUUCAUCUCAACAAUACAUGCAAAAUCAUUGUGGCUUAGCCCAAGGUUUGUAUCCAAAUUUGGGUACCCCAGGAAUAUCUGAUCCCUCCCGUCCUAUGCACGGUAACAGUUUUCCUCACCAGGGUGGAGCCUAUUCGGGGGGUCAGGGUAGUGGUGGGAGCUUUAGCUACGGAGGACAUGUACCACAUAUUCCACAGGCCCCUCGAAUGAGGUCCCAAACUAAGCUUUCCCCAACUGUAGUUCCUAAUGAUCCUUUUAACCCAACCCAAGAUGCGGAGAUUUUGCGGAAAGCUAUGAAAGGCUGGGGAACAGAUGAGAAAUCCAUCAUUCAAGUGUUGGCUAAUCGUACUAACUUACAGCGCUUGCAAAUCGCAUUUGAAUUCAAAACAUUGUAUGGCAAGGAUCUGGUUGAAGAUUUAAAAUCUGAAACAUCUGGUAACUUUGAAAAUCUGUUAGUUGCAAUGAUGACACCUUUACCACAGUAUUAUGCGAAGGAGUUAUACGAUGCCAUGAGUGGAGUUGGUACUGAUGAGACUGUUUUGAUUGAAGUAUUAUGUACUAUGUCAAAUCAUCAAAUCAACGUAAUUAAACAGGCAUAUGAAGCUUUGUUCGGAAAUUCGUUAGAGAAUGAGUUAAUGGCAGAUACUUCUGGAAGUUUUAAACGUUUAAUGGUGUCUCUAUGCUGUGGCAACAGAGAUGAGUCAUUUGAUAUUGAUCCAGUAGGUGCUGUUGAAGACGCAAGGAAACUACUUCAAGCAGGAGAAAUUCGUUUUGGUACCGAUGAGUCGGCAUUUAACGCGAUUCUCGUCCAAAGGAAUAUCCCUCAAUUACAUAUGAUUUUUAAUGAGUAUCAGAACAUAACUGGCCACGACAUCGAGGAAGCUAUUAAAAAUGAGUUUUCGGGUGAUAUUGAGAAAGGCUUACUUGCCAUUGUUAAGUGUGUGAAGAACAGAGCAGGA